AUGUCAGGACUACCGUCUGAUGAAGUCGCCGAAGACUACAAGGGGUCUUUGGAAGACCUUGUGACAAAUGACAGAUAUCAGAUCUCAAAUCUGACCUUGAUCGCGAAAGAAAACAUUGAACACGCCGAAGCAAUUUCCCGUGUCCUUCAGAACCACAUCAACAGAGCACCUCCCGCACGCAAGCUGCCGGCCUUAUAUGUGUUGGACUCGAUAGCGAAAAAUGUGGGAUCUCCGUACACGGUGUAUUUCGGUCGCAACCUGCACCAGAUCUUCAUGCUGGCUUACUCUCAGGUGGAUACUCCUGUCCGGCGGAAGCUGGAAGAGAUGUUGAAGACAUGGCGCGAGCCAGUGCCCGGUUCACUUUCGCCCACGCCCGUCUUCCCCCACACAUGCACACAAUCCAUCGUCGACAGCUUGAACAAAUUCCGCUCUGCCUUACCAGCGACUACCCGUUAUCAAUCCACCCCGGUCCCAGCACCUGCUGCAAGGCUAGUAUCCGACCCGCGGUAUCGACAUACACCGACUCCUCCACAGACAUAUCCGCAGCUGGCUCCGGCCGUCCCGACGCAGAUCAAAAGUCCCCAGCCGCAGGCGGCAACGCCGCAACCACCGUACGCUCACACACCCCCCGUUUCUUAUCCUCAACCGUACCAAGCUCCAGCAGCUCCGUUCUUCCAGCAGACUCCGGUUCCUCAGAUACCACAGUAUCAUACACCAACACCGCAACCUCGGCCUGUCUCGGCUGGGGCGGUUGACGUACAGAAGCUACACAACGAUAUUGACGACCUUACCACCGAUGCCAAAAUCGAAUGUGCUACUCAUCCCAUGGAUGCGGGUGCUCGGAGGAAAUUGGCGAGUCUGCAGACUUUGAAGGAGAUUUUAGACAGCGGCAACGCCUCAGAAAGUGAUUUGGUGGAUAUCAGAAACACAAUUAUGCAAAAGAUGGCCGAGAGGAUGACGGCAAAGCUUGCAACUCCGACGCCUGUCCAGGUACCACCGCCUGUGCAAAACGCAUACAUGCCUCCACAAGCUGCUAUGCCGCAACCGCCAGCACCGGCUGCUACCUCGUUGUUCAACAGCACCAAUCUAGCUGAAUUAUUACGGGCUACUGCUGCUCAGCAGCAAGCUGUGCAGCCACCCAACUAUUAUGGCCAAAUUACUUCGGGUGCGACUAAUUCUCUGCCUGUCAACAACGUUCCUCCUCCAGUGCCUGAAAACCCCCUGCUGGCCCAAUUGCGAGCGUCAGGACUCUUGUCUGCUGUACCAACUCCGCCUCCAGGCACCACUUCAGCCAUGCCGAGCCAUGCCACAUAUGGCGCCGACCCCGUUGAUGAAGUCAGUCUAGCUUCAGCUAGCAUUCGGAUACGGCGGCCACACCUCAUCGCAAGAUUCUUGAAUGCUCGUCCGAAUCAGUGCAGUACUUGUGGAAGGAGAUUCACAUUAGACGAGGCCGGCAGAGCGAAGAAAGCCCGUCAUCUGGAUUGGCACUUCAAGACCAAGGCUAGAAUGCUGGAGGCCGAGAAACGUGGUCAGAACCGCAGUUGGUAUGUUGAUGAGCGGGAGUGGAUCGCGAGCAAAGAGUAUGAGGACGACGCCGGACCUGUCGACGCAAAUGGGGCGCCGGUGAACGCUGCUGCGGCGGUGGCGAAGAAGAAGACCCAGGAUUUCGUUCGAGUGCCAGCGGAUCCCGUGCUUCGAUCAUUGCCUUGUCCAAUCGACCAAGAACCGUUCAAGAGUGAGUGGAGUGAGGACGUACAGGAUUUCAUCUGGAAAGAUGCCGUUCAAAUCGGAGGCCGGUAUUAUCACGCCAGUUGUUACGCCGAAGUGACCAAAGGUCGUGAGAAGGAUGGUGUCUCAACCCCGGUCGGCGGCACAGGGCGAACGGCGACCCCUGAUUCAGUCCUUGGGAAGAGGAAAGCAGAGGAGGGCAGCAAUGGCAUCAAGUCCAGAAUCAAGCUGGAGCCAGCUCAAGCGUCCUAA